AUGUCUGGAAGAGGAAAGGGGGGCAAGGGUUUGGGAAAGGGCGGAGCAAAACGCCACCGUAAGGUGCUUCGUGAUAACAUUCAGGGCAUCACAAAGCCUGCGAUUCGGCGUCUGGCCCGGAGAGGUGGAGUUAAACGCAUUAGUGGGCUCAUCUACGAAGAGACUCGUGGUGUCCUUAAGAUCUUUUUGGAGAAUGUUAUUCGCGAUGCUGUCACCUACACCGAGCACGCUCGCCGGAAAACUGUCACUGCAAUGGACGAAGAAGAAGUAUCAGUAUCAGUAUAUGCUAAUUGGAGUCUAGAUGCUGAAGGUUUUCUAUCAGCUUGA